GACAUUAAACGAUCGGACUUUUCUUUUAAAUUACCUUAAUUAUUUACAUAAUGAGUACAAUUGAUAGUGAAAAAAGAGUUUCUCAAUUAGAUACUUCGGGUGAGUUAGCCGAAGAUACUCGUUGUAAUCUUCGUACGAGAGGUUAUCUUCCUAUUGAAAAUUAUGGUAUGAUUGGAAAUUUGAGAACUGUUGCUUUAAGUGGCACAGAUGGUUCGAUCGACUUCUUUUGCUAUCCUAAAUUCGAUAGUCCUUCCAUCUUUGCGAGACUUUUAGAUAAUGAAAAGGUAGGUCAUUUUUCAAUUACACCAUCAAUUCAUAGUAGUAACAAACAACAAUACCUUCCGAGAUCUAAUAUUUUAUUAACAAGAUUCUUACAUGAUGAGGGUGUUAGUGAAGUUACUGAUUAUAUGCAUCUUCCUGAUAAUUCUGGUCCUGCCAUCAAACCUCUUCUUCCAUGGUUGAUCAGACAUGUUAGAGUAGUACGUGGAAAAGUUGAUUUUCAUUUUGAAUUAUUUCCAUCAUUUAAUUACGCAUUAGAUGAUCAUACUGUUGAUAUUGAAGAUUAUAAAGUAACUGCAAAUGAUGAUAAAUCAUUUGUUGGUAAACAAAGAUUCAUAUUUCGUUCCAAAACAAUUAAUCUGGAUUUUCGUUACGUUGUAACAAAAGCCGAUCAAGAUCCUCCAAUUAUUGAUUUUAAAUUAAUUAAAAAAAAUGAAAUGAAAGGUCCUGGUAUAGUCUCUAAAUUUCAAUUAAAAGAAUCUCAAGAAAUUACUUUUAUUUUAAGAGAAUUACCUUCUGUUGGAAUUGAAAAUCAACUUCUCAUGGAUCCUCCAUUAAAUUCCAUUCUCAUGAAAAGUUUAUACAAGCAAACUUUAGCUUAUUGGCAAAAGUGGAUUUCUCAAUCUUGUUACAAAGGAAGAUGGAGAGAAAAUGUUCAUCGUAGUGCUCUAACUUUGAAAUUAUUAACUUAUGAGCCGACUGGUGCUGUUGUUGCUUCGCCUACUUUUGGUCUUCCUGAAGAAAUUGGUGGACCUAGAAAUUGGGAUUAUCGAUACACUUGGAUUAGAGAUUCCGCAUUUACUGUUUAUGCUCUCAUGAGACUUGGUAUGAUUCAAGAAACCGAACGUUAUAUGAAAUAUAUGGAAGAAAGAUGUCAAGAUCUGAAUCCUGAUGGAUCAUUAAAUAUAAUGUAUAGUAUAGACGGAGAAAAGAAAUUAACUGAGGUAGAAUUGACCCAUUUAGAUGGUUAUCGUAGUUCAAAACCGGUUCGUAUUGGAAAUGGAGCAUAUGAUCAUCUUCAAUUAGAUAUUUACGGAGAAUUAUUAGACGCGGUGUAUUUAUAUAAUAAAUAUGGUAGUCCCCUUUCUUAUGAUAUGUGGCAAAGUAUACGUAAGUUAGUUAAUUAUGUAUGUGAUAAUUGGGAAAAAGAAGAUAUGAGUAUUUGGGAAGUUAGAGGCAAAAAACAAAACUUUACUUAUUCGAAAAUCAUGUGUUGGGUUGCUGUUGAUAGAGGUAUAAGAUUAUCAGAGAAAAGAGUUUUACCAUGUCCUGAUAGAGAUAGAUGGAUGAAAGUCCGUGACAAUAUUUAUGAAGAAGUCAUGACUAAAGCUUGGAAUCCUGAACAAAAAUUUUUUGCUCAAUCUUAUGAAGCUUUGGAUGCUUUGGAUAGUUCCGUUUUAAUUAUGCCUUUGGUAUUUUUCAUAAGCCCCAAUGAUCCAAGAUUUUUAAGUACUGUGAGACAAAUUUUGUUGCCACCUGAAAAAGGAGGAUUAUUGGCUAAUAAUCUUGCAUUCCGAUAUAAUUAUGAAACGACUGACGACGGAUUUGAUGGUGGAGUGGAAGGAUCAUUUUCAAUGUGUACAUUUUGGUUGGUCGAAGCAUUAACAAGAGCAGGAAAAUAUGAUAAAAAAUUAUUAGGAAAAGCAGAAUUUAUAUUUGAACAAAUGAUUAGUUAUGGUAAUCAUUUAGGUUUAUACUCUGAAGAAAUUGCUAGUUCUGGUGAAUUACUUGGUAAUUUUCCUCAAGCCUUUACUCAUCUUGCUUUCAUCAGCGCUGCGUUUAAUUUGGAUCGUGUGUUAGGAUGAUGCACGAUUUAAUUAUUUAUAUAUAUACUUAUUUAUGUUUGUGUAAAACAUUUAUUAUAUAUUUAUUAUAUAUAAAAAAAAUUGUUAAUAAAUUGAAAUAAAUUUUUAUAAAUCAUUGCGUG